GUCUCGCCGUCUUCGCAGGCAGUCCCACAGACCAGCCGGCCAGACAGGCCUCAGACAAGUCAGGAUGAGGCUGGGAUUGCAGGUUCUGCUUCUGGAAGCCGACCUCCUGUAAGGCGCCCAUCACAGGGCUUGGGCCACUUACCCAGGAGGCCAAGUAAGACACGGCGUCUUGGCUCGGAAUCUGCGGCUCCAUCAUCCCCACCCAGGCGACGACUUUCGGCAGUGUCACCCCAGCCACCACUGGCACUAUUGGCGAGUUCGCAGAGUGAUGAGCCCCGAUCCCCUCAGUUAUCUGAGCCCAGCUUGAUGGCCGACGUGGACCAGCAGGGACAAGACCAACAGGCAACCAUCACACUGCAACUUACACCUGUUGACCCAAGCCAGCCAAUACAGCUGCAGGAUAUCCCCCAAGCCUCCAUCAGUCCACAACUGGCACAAGCUCCGCCCCCAAGCCAAAUACCAGAUGAUUUUUGGGCCAGUUGGACAAGCCAACAGGCCCAAAGCAAUGCAAGCCUGACCGCACAUACACAACACCUUGCCAGUCUGCCCCAUCAUCUACCGCGUAUUAGUCGCAACUCGGGCAGACUGAUUGUACAAGUAGGGCGAAUGGCAACCUCAAUGGAGCAAAUAAGGGCUGACAACAGCCAAAUGCUUGCUCAUUUAUCGCGCAAAGUAGAUGAGCAACAGCGCCAUCAGCAGGCACUCGUUCAGCUCAUUCAGCACAACCAAGUGGUGAAUGAGUCGUUAUCCAGGAUUGUAGCCAGCCACACUGCAACCAACACUCAGCUGAUUGCAAGCCUUAAUAAUUUGAGCAGCAAUAUUUCAUUGAUGGGAGCUCACCAAGUAACCUCCAGCUCGGGGACCACGACCCCUAUCCAAACGCCAGUAACCUCCCCUGUUCGGCGUUCCUCCAGAGCACGUGCCAGUGAGCCAGCACAAAGCUCAGCACCCAGCACACACAAGCGGAAAAAAUAACCCCAAUGUGAUUGGCAAAAUAAAAAUUUGUAUUUGACAAACACACAA